AUGGGAGACAAAAGCAUCGACCAAAAGGUGGACUACUACACUGACGGCUCCGAGUCGGGUCUAUCCGAGGAGUACUGGGUCGACUGGUUCCUGCGGGCCAAGGGAAACGAGUACUUCUGCGAGGUGGACGAGGAUUUCAUCACCGACAGAUUCAAUCUCACGGGUCUCUCGACUGAGGUGUCCCAUCUACAAUACGCCGCCGAGCUCAUCACAGACGCGCUGGAUCUGGACUCGUUCCAGGACCCCGUUCGUCAGGAGAUUGAUGCCGAUGCCAAACAUCUCUACGGGCUCAUCCAUGCCCGGUACAUUCUGACCCCCCGUGGCCUCACAAAAAUGAUGGAGAAAUACAAGCUGGCCCACUUUGGCAAGUGUCCCCGUGUCAACUGUUACUUCAACCCGCUGCUGCCCGUGGGUUUGUACGACGUGGCUGGCCAGUCGUCCGUCAAGCUGUACUGCACCAAGUGCGAGGACCUAUACAUCCCCAAGUCCACCCGCCACGCCAACAUUGACGGCGCCUACUUUGGAACGUCCUUCCCGGCCAUGAUUUUGCAGGCCUUCCCCCAACUGCUUCCCACCAAGACCAACGAGAGACACGUCCCCACAAUCUUUGGAUUCAAGAUGCACGAGCACGCAAAGUGGGCCCGAUGGCAGGACAAACAGCGGCAGGAGAUGAACAAGCGAAUCCAGCAGUACAACAAGGAGCAGCAAAACAUACAGCAGCUCAAGGCGCAACCUAACAAUAGCACGCCGUCGGUGCAGUCGCAGCAGUCACAGACCAAGUCGCAGUCGCAGCAGUCGCAGUCUCGGUCUCCAUCUGCCCAGCCACAGGUGGAGGCAGCAUAA